AUCGAUCUCCCGAUAGAAAAGAAGUCUCAAGUCUGCUUUGUUUCUCUCUCAUCUCAUGUCAUCAGACUUGAGAAAUCAAAAACCCACCAAACCAAAAAACCUCCAAGAGGCAAACCCUUUUUUGAUCUUCAAAUCAAAAUCUGUUUUUUUCUUUUGUUUUUGGUUUCAUAAAUCAAUUUCUUUGUUUUUCUGAUUUCGAUUUUAUUGACAACAACCUAAAACAUGUUGGAGAAGAUCGGAUUGCCCCCAAAGCCUGCACUGCGGGGGAACAAUUGGGUGGUCGAUGCCUCACAUUGUCAAUUAUGUUCCUCUCAGUUCACCUUCAUCAAUCGCAAGCAUCACUGCCGCAGGUGUGGAGGUUUGUUUUGCAGCAGCUGUACCCAGCAAAGAAUGUUGUUACGUGGACAAGGUGAUUCACCAGUACGUAUCUGUGAACCCUGUAAAAAACUUGAAGAGGCAGCACGUUUUGAAAUGCGACAUGGACACAAGAACAGAACUGGAAGAGGUGGUUCAAAACUGUCAUCUAGACAUGAGGAUGAACUUUUAAACGAGAUUCUGGGUAGCGAUAGAAAGGAAUUGGCUUUUUCAGGAGAGUUGUCCACAAGUAACGUGAUUUCGAAACUCGAAAGGGAUACAAGUAGUUCAUCAUGUUCAAAUAUUCAAGACGUCGCCACUAACGAUGAUGAGGGAGAAGAAAGACCCAAAAGUCUUUCCGUUGGGGAGUCUAGUCCCGAAGAAUUGCGUCAGCAUGCCCUGGAGGAAAAAAACAAGUACAAAAUUCUGAAAGCAGAAGGAAAAUCUGAAGAAGCUUUAAAAGCCUUUAAAAGGGGAAAAGAGCUUGAGCGGCAAGCUGGGGCUUUGGAAUUAUUAUUAAGAAAAAAUCGUAAAAGAGCUUUGUCAACAAGCAACACAACUGAUAUCCACAAAAUCAGUGAUGAGAAUACAUGUUCUGGCCGAAAAGACAACCUCGCUCCUCAAAAGAGUAAAGAAAAAGACAAUCUUGCCGAUGAACUCAAAGAAUUGGGAUGGUCUGACAUGGAUCUUCAUGCUGCAGAUAAGAAGCCAUCAAACAUGAGUUUAGAGGGUGAGCUUUCUACUCUUCUUCGAGAGGUCUCUCAAAAAUCUAAUACAGGAAAAGUAAGUCAUGGCAUUGACAAGACCCAGGUCAUUGCUCAUAAGAAAAAGGCUCUCGCGUUGAAGCGUGACGGAAAACUCGCCGAAGCGAAGGAAGAAUUAAAGAGAGCUAAAGUUCUUGAAAAGCAACUUGAGGAAGAGGAAUUCUUGGCCGAGGCUGAAGAUUCUGAUGACGAGCUUUCAGCUUUGAUCCGUAGUAUUGACAGUGAUAAACAAGACGACUUGUUGGUUGCCCAUGAGCCCAAUGCUGGUUUUAAUUUUGAUCACCUGAUGGGCAUUACUGAUGAUCUGGGUGUUGAUAGCAACUUUGAAGUGACUGAUAAUGAUAUGGAUGAUCCAGAAAUUGCUGCUGCUUUAACAUCGUUAGGUUGGACUGAGGAAGCCAAUCAUUUUGAGGAUAUUCAGCCCAAGCUUGUCCCUAUGGAUCGGGAAGCAUUGUCAAAUGAAAUUCAGUCUUUGAAAAGAGAAGCACUAAAUCAGAAAAGGGCAGGUAACUCUGCAGAGGCAAUGGAGCUGCUAAAGAAGGCUAGAGUACUGGAGAAGGACCUUGAUAGCUUUGUUACUCAAGGAACCGACACAAUGCCAUAUAAGGCUGAUGAUAGAAAUGUCAAUGAAAUGGAUAAAGUGGCCCUGAAAUUGGCACCGAAGAGUAGACUAAUGAUUCAGAAAGAGCUUUUGGGCCUGAAAAAGAGAGCUCUUGCUUUGAGAAGGGAAGGUAAAUUGGAUGAGGCCGAUGAAGAGUUGAGAAAAGGGAAGGUUCUUGAGCAGCAGCUUGAAGAGAUGGAUAGUGCCUCGAACAUGAAGGCCACGCCAGUGAUUGGCAGUAAAAAGAAUCCUGAUGAUGUUGCAGUUCCAGAUCUUGGAGACGAAGGAGAAGCGGAGGAUGUGACUGAUCAGGACUUGCAUGACCCGACAUAUCUUUCCCUUUUAAGUAACUUGGGUUGGAAAGACGAAGAUGACAAAACCGAUAUAUUUCCACCCAAACCUGCUAAACAAAAUGGCAGUCCCAUGCAGAUAAUUGAUUCGCCUGUUACUCAAUCUGCUAGUUCGAUUCUAAUUGGGGUGUCUAGAAGAAGUAAAGGCGAAAUCCAGAGGGAACUCUUGGGGUUGAAAAGGAAGGCACUUACUUUGAGACGCCAAGGACAGACGGAGGAGGCUGAUGAAGUUUUGGAAAUGGCAAAAGUAUUAGAAGCCCAAUUGGCAGAGAUGGAAAUGCCGAAGAUAGAAGCUCAAUCUGAAAUUAAUAAGCGUGUGGAAAACGAGAGCAUUAGUUCUCUCCAUAAAAUUGCUGUUGAAGAAGAUGCGAGGGGUGUAUCAAAAGAAGACCCGCAAGAAAAAUCUUCUGAACAAAUUACUAGUAUUUCUGUACAUCCUGAUCGUCUAGUCACUGAAGAUCUGGGAAGAAAUGUCAAAAUUACACAUGAGAAACGAGAAGAAAUGGUUGUACAGAACAAGAAACCACACAUUGAUGAAUCUGAUUCAGUUGGGGCAACUGCUUCUCAGAAUGAUCAAAGUUCUGUCCGGCAAGAAAUCUUGGUUCUCAAGAGGAAGGCAGUUGCUUUGAAGAGAGAGGGGAAGCUGGCAGAAGCUCGGGAGGAACUCCGUCAAGCAAAGCUUCUGGAAAAGAGUUUGGAGGAUAACAAUUCGCAUCCCAGUACUAGUUCUAGUGAUGUUUCAAGCUCUACUUCAAAUGUCACAUCUGUUGAACAAAAACAGCACCACAGUUCAUCAAAUUUGGCUUCGAAACCACUGUCCAGUCGUGAUCGUUUCAAGUUGCAACAAGAGUCCCUCAGCCACAAACGGCUAGCAAUGAAGCUCCGGAGGGAAGGUCGAAUGGAAGAAGCAGAGGCCGAGUUUGAACUAGCCAAGGCUCUUGAAGCCCAGUUAGAGGAGUCGGGGGCCAAUGAUUCCGUUAAAUCUUCUGUCGGUGGAGCAAAGCCCGUUGAUGAUGUGGGUGUAGAGGAUUUUCUCGAUCCUCAACUUUUGUCUGCUUUGAAAGCAAUAGGAUUGGAAGAUGCUAGUACAACUUCCCAAAGUCCUGAGAAACCCGAACCAGUAAAGUCUGUUUCUGUUUCCGGUAAGGUUGAAAACUCUGGCAGGGAAAGGAUCCAACUGGAGGAACAGAUCAAGGCUGAAAAAGUGAAGGCGGUACACUUGAAGCGUUCCGGAAAGCAAGCCGAGGCCCUGGAUGCUCUUCGGCGAGCCAAAGUGCUUGAAAAGAAGCUGAAUUCUUUGGCUUCGUAAUGAUACAUCACGUUAGGCUUGUCAACGGAUUGGAUUCGGAUUCAGAGCAGAUCGCAUCACGACAUUUCGUUUCAAAGCAUCAUUCAAGUACUACUCCGGUGAAACUGCAGGUGAGGUCAUAUUGUGUAACACUCAGUUUGUACAUUGCUCUGAAACGUUAGUAACUGUUAUUGUUACAUUUUCUUUAUGAAUACCAAGGAGUUUUUUUUUUUUUGUGAAUUUCUUUUUCGGUUAUCUUUGCCGACAAGGAUUGAUGAAUGUGUAUGUCAGUGAGGUCGUGAUAUUCAUUUAAACUUAAAAAGACAAUGGUUUGAGCUCCAUUGUCUGUGUUUCUGGUAAAUUUCUCAUUUAUUUGGAUGAACUUUAAUUAUUUUCACACAAA